AAUGAACUAAUCAUUAACAGCUCCCUCGCUUCUCCAGACAUUUCGUGGCUGCCAAUGCUUUGCCUGACUGCCCUUCCUCAUCUAGGAGGGCUCUAUGGAGGUUACAUCACACGCAAGCAGGUGAAGACUUGGUACCCCACUCUCAACAAGCCGCCAUGGCGUCCACCCAAUUCUGCGUUGCCUAUAGUGUGGACUACCCUCUUCACAGAAAAUAUAUUUUGUUUCCCAACUGAAUCUGUUGGAAAUUGUUUUAUUAAACAGAUCAUGAAAUAUGGAACUGACUUGCAUCUUAUUGUUGAUGAUCACCCUGAUAGGUAUAGCUCCUACCUGGUGUGGAAGGAGUGUGGGGGGUUCACUGAGGAUGCUGUGGCACCUUUGGGACUCUACGCGUUGCAGCUGGCUCUCAACUGGGCCUGGACUCCCAUCUUCUUUGGUGCACACAAGUUGAAAAUGGCCCUCAUCAAGAUAGUGAUGCUGACUGGUGCUGUUGGAGCCACUAUGGCACCCUGGUAUCCGGUCAAUCGCACUACCAGCCUGCUCCUGACACCCUACCUGGCAUGGCUGUGCUUGGCCACCUCCCUCAACUACUGCAUCUGGAGAGAGAACCCAGAUGAGGAUGGAAAGGAGGAGUAGGCUGUGCUGUACUUGGUUUCUCCCAGGUUCUGAAAGAUCUUUAUUCCUGUUGAAAUAACUGUCAGUUGAUAUUGGCACCAAAAUGUGGUCUUACUGGUUGCAUUUAUAUUAAAAUAUUUUUUGCACUAAACCACAUUUUCAAAAAAUGGCUAUACUAUGUGUUGUGCCUACAAUUGUAUGAGGCAACAAUGCUCAACAUCAGUAAUAUGAUCUUAAUUCAUUACAUUGUAGAAUGUUAUUGAUAAUAAAACAAUUGUUUAGA